AUGGCGUGGGACCAUCUCUCCAUCACCAAGCCGCAUCUGGUUUACCUGAUCCUUGGCGGCUUCACCAGUCUGUUCAUGCUGUGCUCCUCUGUAAUCAAGGAGCGUCUGUACAUUGGUGAAGCCACAGUCGCGACAAUAUGUGGUAUCAUAUUUGGUCCACAUGCCGCCAAUCUCAUAGAUCCGGCAACGUGGGGCAAUGUCGACUUGAUCACACUCGAGUUCUCGCGCAUUGUCCUUGUCGUGCAAUGUUUCGCCGUUGGCGUCGAGUUGCCUCGCGCAUACAUGGAGAAGCACUGGAAGUCGGUUGUAGCACUACUAUUCCCAGUCAUGACGUUUGGCUGGCUGAUAACUAGCCUGUUCAUCUGGGGCCUAUUCAAUUCCCACCUCAACUGGCUCGACAGUCUUUGCGUUGCAGCUUGCGUCACUGCCACCGACCCUGUCCUGGCAUCCUCCGUCGUUGGUAAAGGCAAGUUCGCCAAGCGAGUACCCAAACAUCUUCGAGAUUUGCUGUCCUGUGAAUCUGGAUGCAACGAUGGCAUGGCCUUUCCCUUCGUUUACUUGGCCAUUUAUUUGAUCCGCUACCGACCAGACGCCAACGCUGUCGCCUAUCACUGGUUUUGCUACACCAUUCUCUAUGAGUGCAUCUUCGGCGCCUUCUACGGAGUCGUUGUUGGAUACAUUGCGCGUCGCGCUAUUCGAUGGGCGCACGAGAAAGACCUCAUUGAUCGAGAGAGUUUCCUUGUCUUCUACUUUGUGCUGGCGUUGUUUUGUGCUGGUUCCGGUGCCUUGUUAGGUAUGGAUGACUUGCUGGUGGGCUUCGCCUGUGGUGUCGGCUUUUCAAACGACGGAUGGUUCCUGGAGAAAACCGAAGAAUCCCACGUAUCCAACGUUAUCGAUCUGCUGAUCAACUUGGCUUUCUUCGUCUACUUUGGAUCCAUCAUUCCCUGGGAAUUAUUCAAUGCGCCAAUUAUCGGAAUAACGCCAUGGCGUUUGGUAGUGCUUGGAAUCCUGGUCCUCUUCUUCCGCCGCAUUCCGAUCAUGUUGAUGCUCAAACCUGUCAUUCCUGACCUCAAGACCUGGCGAGAGGCAUCUUUUGCUGGACAUUUUGGACCCAUUGGUGUCGGUGGCCUGUUCGUUGCGAUUCUUGCAAGAGCUGAACUGGAGACUGAUACCACAACUCCGCUAGCCGUAUUACCGGAGGAAGGAUUCGAGCACUUGAACAUCAUCGAGAUGAUAUGGCCUAUCACAUGUUUUUUGGUCAUUGUCAGCAUCAUUGUUCACGGAAGUUCCAUCGCCGUCUUCACACUUGGAAAACGUAUCAACACCCUGACAAUCUCCAUGUCUUACACUCAAGCGAACGAGAACGGACCCGGCUGGAUGGACCGCCUUCCCCGUAUCCAGUCACGCUCCAGAUCUUCUAUGGCUCGGCGGCCCUCUGAAUCAUCCAUGGAUGAAAAGUCAGAACUCGCAACGGCUGGUUUUGGUAGCAGCUUCCUACGCCGUCAGAAGGAAGAGGAUAGCAACUCUGUAAAGCCUACGAACCGAGGCAGGCGCUGGGAUGCCGGCCGUGGCCCAGGUGGACCAAUCUCGCAAUCCGCUAUUGCUCCCAACAGGCGUGAUGAAGAGAAGGCAGAAUCCGACUUACCAGCAGAGCUUGAAGAUACCGGUGCCUUUGCUGAUAACAUGGCCAUCUCUAGCGACAGUUCGUCAAGUGAUAAAGAGAAGAUGAAGGGACGGGUACCAGAAGAAGAGAUAUAUCAGGAAGGCCAUGAGACUGUCUUUGAGGAUAAAGAAGGCAAUGUUCUCGGUGUAAGAGAUAGUCAUGGUGAGCACGGCGCGGAGAGGCAAAGGCACGACAGUGAGAGAGCAAAAGAGCUCAUGCGUUCAAAGCAUGUCCAUGGUGGCGUGUCGCAAGACGAGCAUGGCGGCGCGCUCGAAGAAGCACCUAGUCGCAUUGAAAACGCGAUCGAACAUCCUCAAAAAACCUGGCGCAACCGAAUGCAAAGUUAUAAAGGCCAUGGCCAAAAGGAAAAGGCUACGGAACCUUCAAAGUCGGAGAAGCCAGCGCAGAAAUCAGCCCAUAAGAACGGACCCGCCCUUGCAUACCAAUAUGGUAAUACCAUCAUUGUAGAAGACGAAGAUGGCGAGGUUCUGAAGAAGUACGACAUCCCAGCCGCUCCAAAGAAAGGAAAGGAUGGUCGACCUGCGAACCCUCGUGGCCAGUCUAUGGUUGAGACAUCGAGCCGUGCCGUUCAAAGUCUCAAGCGAAUGGGAACCCACAUGGGUGUACCAGCAGGUCAGCAGGCUGGAUCAUCUGGUACUCAAACAGCCAACAACAAGAAGAAGCAGAAAGCAGCGGAAGCCGCAGCAAAAGAGCAAGAAGACGACGAUUUACUCCGUUUCACCGUCACAGCUGGUGGCCGUCGAAUGAGCAAGCUUGAAUUCAUCCAGCAAAUGUCACAGAUGAAUCCCAAAGACAGGGCCAAAUUUGUGCAAGCUAGCGAUGCCCCAGAGGCUGUCAAAGAUGCUGCACACCAAGACGCUAAGGAACAUACUGCCGAACAGCGCCGCCGCGCAGCUUCGGUACAAGCCAACGUGCCCGCAGUUGUUGGUGAAGAGGGCGAGGCCGAACUUCAUAAGAUUGAAUCGCCAGCCGCCAAGGAAGAAGGCCAACCUCGCGGCCCCGAAGGUCUAACGCUAGUGGACAGCAACGAUGAACAUGUUCCCUUCCACUCUGUACGCCAGGACCUUGAGAACCGACCAAGCGAUCAGGGUGGCGAAACCGCCGCACAGCGUCGACGUCGUCUAGCUGCGGAGAAUAUUCCAGCUGAAACCUCAGGCGGUUCCGCUAUAUCACCGUCAUCGCAGCAACCAGAGGAAGGGUUCGAAGGCGAAACAGCGGCAGAGCGCAGGCGUCGUCUAGGUGCCCUCGGUGUAGGCAAAGACAAUUCCCCCGAAUCUGACUCUGAAGACGAGGAGACUGGUGACCCACUCGAGACUGGUCGUGGUACGCACUCUCGCGCCGCUGAGCCUAGUAGGAAGACCCUGUCACCUACGCCACGCACCCCUGGUAUUCGCUUUGCGGAUCAACCCAGGAUGCCAACAAAGGACGAGCGCGCUGCCGAGGAUGCGCGGGAGAAGGAGGAAGAUCAGAAAGAGAAGGACGGCAAGAAGAAGAGUGGGCUUAGUAAGCUUAUUGGAAGAAAGUAG